UCUCUCUCUCACACACACACACACACACACACACACACACACACACACACACACACACACACACACACACACACACACACACACACACACACACACACACACACACACAGUCACUCAGUGACACGCUGAGAUAAGUGAACCCGAAGCCAAGGCAGUCCCUCCGAGUCGCUCCGCGUCCACACAGGAUUUAUCCCUCAUCCAGAAGCCCAGCGGACUAUCCCGAAGAAACCAGACACGAAUUGGCGGCGACCAUGAGCGACCGGUUCGACUGCAAGGAGUGCAGCGAGUCCCUGUACGGCCGUAAGUACAUCCAGGUGGAGCAGCAGCCCCACUGCAUCCCCUGCUACGACCGGCUCCACGCCAACACCUGCCACCAGUGCAAGGACCUCAUCGGACACAACGCCAGGGAGCUGUUCUACGAGGACCACCACUACCAUGAGCACUGCUUCCGCUGCUUCCGCUGCGAGCGCUCUCUGGCGGACGAGCCCUUCACGCCGCAGGGCGAGGGCCUGGUCUGCAACGAGUGCUACUGCAACGAGUUCAGCUCCAAGUGCGUGGCCUGCGACCGCACCGUCAUGCCAGGAUCCAGGAAGCUGGAGUACGCCGGGACCACCUGGCAUGAGGACUGCUUCGUGUGCCAGGGCUGUGAGAAGCCCAUCGGGGGCCAGGCCUUCAUCCCGGACAAGGAGGCGUACUACUGCGUGCCCUGCUACGAGGCGCGCCUCGCCCCCCGCUGCAGCCACUGCAAGAAGGCCCUGGCCAAAGGGGGCGUGACCUAUCAGGACGAGGUGUGGCAUAAAGAGUGCUUCGUGUGCACGGGGUGCAAGACCCCGUUGGCCGGCCAGCCCUUCACCUCUCAGGGGGACAGCCCCUACUGCGUCAAGUGCUUCAGCACGCUCUACGCGCAGAAGUGUGCCGGGUGCAACACGGCCAUCACAGGGUUCGGCGAUGGGAAGUACGUGUCCUUCCAGGAGCGCCAGUGGCACCAGCCCUGCUUCAAGUGCUCCCGCUGCAGCGUGUCGCUGGUGGGCGCCGGCUUCUUCCCCGACAGAGACCAGAUCCUCUGCUCGGACUGCAACAGCGACGAAUGAGUGACACUUCCAACGGCCAAUGGGGAGGGAGACCCGCCCCCCCACCCAACCCCCAACCCCCACCCUCCUCCUCCCUCCUGCGAUGAUAGAUACUAAAUAAAUAUGCACUGCGUGUUCUCUGAGUAUGGUUAUGUUUAUUAUGCACAUUAUUAACUGCAGCCUGGCUUAACAUUUGAAUGCUGCAUUCGCUUCGUGCACUCUGGUGUAUAAUACAUACAUUUUAUGUUUCCCCGCCCUGUCAACUUUGAACAUUAAUUUGUUUUGGUCAAACCUCCAAGCAUGUUUUAAAGUAUUUUCAAUAUUUGCAUGAUCCAGGACCGUUAUUUUAACGUUUUUACACUAUAGAGAAGGAAUAAACUAUACACUAUAUGAUGAAACAUACAAUAUGAGUUCAUUGGUUUCCUCAAAUAAAAUGUUUCAUUUGAACAGG